AUGUUUAUCAACUCGGAAAGGUUGGUUGAAUAUGUAAACAAACAGGUAUUGUGUAUGGAUACAUGUCAUGCUUUGAAUUUAUUAUUUGUUGGGUUGUAUAGUUUGGGAUUUUAUAUGAUUUCCAUAUUCGAAAAUGGUGUAUUGAAGAGAACGAUGGAAAUUUCUGAUCGUUUUGUUUCGUUCCAAGUAGAUGAACAAGCAGAGUUUAUUUAUCUAUUAAGCAAUGGUAAUUGUGGAAGGUUAACGAAAAUGAAACUUGACGAUACUUCAAUAGUUUGGCAUUUUAAUAGCAUUAACAGUUUUUGCUUGGCUGGUAAUGAGAUUUAUGUUGGAUUCUCAUGCAAAACAUACUUGACAGUCCAUAUAUUAGAUACUAUCGAUGGUUCACAAAAAAAGCAAUUCACAGUUGAUAAGGGAAUGAAUACAUUCAUCUUGAAACAAAUGAAAUAUUAUGAAAGAAAGCUCUAUCUUCUAUUUCACAAAUGUGGAACAAGGAAUAUUGUUCAUCACUCAAAUCUUUUUAUGAUUGUUGAUUUAAUAACCGAAAAGACACAACCGAUUAAGCUAGAGAAGACACUUUCGACUAUUGGAAUUACUACAGGAGGUCUUUUGAUUUUUUUUGGUUUAUGGGAUGUAGACGUGUAUGAUAUUAAUAGCAGGUUGCUUCUUGGUAUUAAUUAUUCUCAAUUUCAGUCGAAAUGUUUUUUGUCUGCUUGUGCCAAUCACUUUGAUAAACAUUCGAAUAGAUACUACAUUCAUCAAUUUGAAGAGCAAAAGAAUCAAAAAGAUGAAAUUAUUCAAAUUAGUUCAAGCAUAGUAUCUGAACAAUUGGAAAUAAGUAUGAAUGUUGUAGAUGCGCCACUGAAUUCUAAAAUAUGGCAAGCAAUUGAAAAAUUGGGAGGUCAAUUACCACAAUAUAUUCCACAAGAUAAGAUUAGUUACAGAAAUUUAAACUUUGAAGAUUCACAAUAUUCCAUCUAUCCAGACUGUUUAGAAUAUUUAUUAAGGGUUGAUUUUGGACAAGUUGGCUUUUGGUAUAAAGAUAAAGAAAUUACCAAGAAUUUCACAUUUGAAAAGGAAGCUUAUGUAGAUUGGGUACGAAAGAAAAGAGAUAAUGAACUUUUUUUUGCUACACCAUUCUUUCACAAUCAAGGAAUGUUUCUUUAUGUAAAGAAAGAAGAGCUUUCUAAUAAUGAUGAUUUUCCAGUACAUCUCCUCUAUCAGACUAACGAUGAAAAUAACCAACAUGAAGAAAAGGUAAUGAGUUUGCUUGAAUUCCUUUCAAGAUUGAGUCUUGCUGAACAUGUCAUUUUAAAUACUGGUUUCGAAUAUUUCAUCAACUUUGAAAUGAUUUGUAAGGAAUUAUUGGAAAAGAACAUAAUUGAUCCAGAAACAAGACAAUUAGAUAUCGAAUAUUUAAUCAAAAAUUUUGAGGGAGCUAAUAUGUAUUUGAAAAUUUAUUUCAACAAUUCAAAAUUCCGUUUUGGAAAUUCCAUUUAUGAAAAGCUUUUUUUGAUUCUAACAGCAAACGAUUGUUCAAAAAAUUGCCUUAUUGAAAUGGAAUCAGAAGUUGAUUCAGAUGAUGAUGAUGAAUAUUGUAUUUUGUAA